GGGUGUGGGCGCCCGUUCCCCGUCCGCCCCGCCUCCAGGGCCCAGCGCGGCGCGCACGCUGGGCCAGCGCGGGGAGCGAGGCUGCGGCGCCGCGCGGUUGCUAAGCCCGGCGCCCCCGGAGACGUUCCCGGUGGCUGUCGCCGGGCGGGCGGCGGGAGGGAGAGGAGAGAGGCGGGCGCGGGCGGCUGGCCACUCGGUCGCGCCGCGCCUCCCCGCGCCAGCUCGGCCGUCGAGCCGCGGCCCCGCGCUGCCACCGCCGCGCCCCGGGCGCCCGAGCCCGCCGCCCCGCCAUGCCCGCCGCCGCGCCCACUCCGCGCCCGCCGCCGCCCCCGGCCCGCCCCGCGCCGCCCGCCCCGGAACAUCGAGGCCUGGGUGACCACUCUCUAGAAUCUUUAAGCUCCAGAAUCACGGAGCGGAAGCUGCAGGGCACAUGGCUGCCUGCUGGCCGAGGGAAUCUGGAGAAACCACUCCUGGGGCCACGCGGCUCUGUGGUGCCCAUGUUCAGCACUCAGAAUGGUCUUCACUCCGUCCAUGCUGACAGUAGUACCCUAAAGCCCAGGGUGGUGACCGUGGUGAAGCUGGGUGGGCACCCCCUCCGGAAGAUCACUCUGCUCCUCAACAGACGGUCCGUGCAGAGCUUUGAGCAGCUCUUGGCGGACAUCUCUGAGGCCCUGGGCUUUCCCAGAUGGAAGAACGAUCGGGUGAGAAAACUCUUCAACCUCAAGGGCAGGGAGAUCAGGAGUGUCUCUGAUUUCUUCCGGGAAGGGGAUGCUUUCAUAGCCAUGGGCAAAGAACCGUUGACGCUGAAGAACAUUCAGGUAGCUAUAGAAGAACUGUACCCCAGCAAAGCCCGGGCCCUGACACUGACCCAGCACAGCCGAGCCCCUUCUCCCAGGCUGAGAAGCAGGCUUCAUAGCAGGGCCCUGAGAGGGGGACACCACUGUGGGGAGACCGAGGCUGCCAAGAGCUGCGGUGAGGCUGCCCGGUCCAAGGCGGCCAUCAGUCAUCAGGGAAAGGCCCCCGUGGAGCCAGCGCUGGGGGACAGGGCCAGGCCCCAGAAGAAGUGGGUCGGGGGGAAGUGGGAGCCUGAGCCGGGCAGCAGGCCGCCCAGGGAAGCCACUCUGGAGAGACCUGCGAGCGGAGAGAAGCACCUGGGCGUGGAGAUCGAAAGGACCUCCGGUGAGCUCAUCCGAUGUGAGAAGUGCAAGAGAGAGAGGGAGCUCCAGCAGGGCCUGCAGAGGGAGCGGCUGUCCCUGGGGACCAGUGAGCUGGACUUGGGCAAGUGCCACAGGUAUGACGCAGCGGAGAAGCUGGUGAGGACCAGGAGCUGCAGGCGGUCCCCCGAGGCCCACCGUGCAGGCGGGGAGGAAGCGUGGAAGGGCGAGAGCCACAGGAGCAGCCCCAGGAACCCCACUCAGGAGCUGAGGAGGCCCGGGAAAAACCCGGACAAGAAGGAGGACAGAGACCCCGAAGGUCAGGAAGGUCAAGCUCAGGCAGCCGCCAAGGCCAAGAGGGAGCUCGGCGAAGCCCAGCCCGUCAGAGAGGAGGGGCUGCGGGACGUGAGGAGGGAGGCCAGGAGCGCCUGCAGGAGCAGGCCGGGCGGCCGGCAGCCCAGGGAGCAGCAGGCGGAGCCCGAGGCCCUCCCGGGGCCGCGCGGGGGCGAGCAGGACGCGCACCGGGAGAAGCAGCCCUGUACGGCGUCAGGGGCCAGAAAACCGGCCGCUCGCGGGGAGAGGGAGCCCAGGGGCGGUCGGAAGCGGCGGCCCGCGGGCCUCCUGGCGACCGACGUGCACAAGCACUACGAGGCGGGCCGCGUGCUCGGGGACGGCAACUUCGCCGUGGUCAAGGAGUGCCGGCACCGCGAGACCCGGCAGGCCUACGCCAUGAAGAUCAUCGACAAGUCCAAGCUCAAGGGCAAGGAGGACAUGGUGGACAGCGAGAUCCUGAUCAUCCAGAGCCUCUCCCACCCCAACAUCGUGAAGCUGCACGAGGUGUACGAGACGGAGGCGGAAAUCUACCUGAUCAUGGAGUACGUGCAGGGUGGGGACCUCUUCGACGCCAUCAUGGAGAGCGUGAAGUUCGCCGAGCGCGACGCCGCGCUCAUGCUCAUGGACUUGUGCAGGGCGCUGGUGCACCUGCACGACAAGAGCAUCGUCCACCGGGACCUCAAGCCGGAAAACCUGCUGGUUCAGCGAAAUGAGGACAAAUCUACCACCUUGAAAUUGGCUGAUUUUGGCCUCGCAAAGCAUGUGGUGAGACCUAUAUUUACUGUGUGUGGGACUCCGACCUAUGUAGCUCCUGAAAUUCUUUCUGAGAAAGGUUACGGGCUGGAAGUGGAUAUGUGGGCCGCAGGCGUGAUCCUGUAUAUCCUCCUGUGUGGCUUCCCCCCUUUCCGCAGCCCGGAGAGGGACCAGGACGAGCUCUUUAACAUCAUCCAGCUGGGCCACUUCGAGUUCCUGGCCCCUUACUGGGACAAUAUUUCUGACGCUGCCAAAGAUCUGGUGAGCCGGUUGCUGGUGGUAGACCCCAAAAAGCGCUACACCGCCCACCAGGUCCUUCAGCACCCCUGGAUUGAAACCGCGGGAAAGACUAGCACAGCGAACCACCAGAAGGAGGUGCCCCCCGGCAGUGAGGGCCACAUCCGGAGGCAGCACAAGCAGUCUGCUGAGCAAGCCUCGUAGUGGCCGCCUCGAGUACUAUGCAGCCCGCUUCUCCCCCAGGGACAGAGAACGAGACAGAAAUCCAGGAGGCCGACAGUGAGGAGGACUUCAGUGAGGAGGACUUCUGCCCAUCAUUGGAGAAUCAGGGGAAGGAGAGAGAUGCUUAGUAUAUUUUAAAGCGUAUUUUAAAAAAUGAACUUGAGUCUUAACCGUUAAAUGUUGUAACAUAUUUUUAGAUUUGUAUAUUUGAAGACUUUAAUACAUUUAUUUUGGGGGGGUUUAAGACUAUCAGCGAGGACUUUUUGGUAAUAAUGCUGUGUUUUGCUUCCUCCUCGUAAAUCAAGUUCAUGGUAAACGACAUGAGUGGUGCUUACCAGGAUCUAAACUCCCCCUAUGAGGGUGAACAAGGUGAAUCAUGGUCUUUCUGUAUUAAUAAAAUGUACUCUGACUGACAGAAGUGGGUUGUAUUCUGAUGACUUCUUAAUGCUGGUGAGGGGAGCCAGGGAAGUAGAGUUUAGACAGGCUUCCUGAAGCCAGUAUGACUACAUCUAAAUGUUGUGAUGGACACUUGAUUAACUGGCAGGACCUGUUUAUUUGGGAUGUGCUGGUCUUGCUGUCCAGCAUUUACUGAAAAUCCGUUCUGGUACUGGUAGAAAAAUGGAAAGGAGAAGUCAUUGAUUUAUUCUUGCUCCUACAGCACCCCUUUAUACCGUUUUUCAGCUGAUUAUCCCUGAGCCUGAGUCACGUCCACAUGAAGUUAGGCACUCAGGCUGUGACUGUGUUAACGUUUUCAGAUCACCAGGGAGCCGUUUAGUGCAUUAAUAUGUCAGCAGUGCCGUAAAUGGAUUACACUCAGGCUCCAAGUUGCUCAGAGAGUUCAGGCACGUUCCUACCUGCAGGGCAGACACACGGAGGGCUCAGGAUGCAUGUUCUCUGAUACAUUCCAGAUUUCUGUAUGGAAAUGUUGGUCUUUUCAGACGACUCGGUGAUAUGCAUGAGCCGAAAGCAAAACAUGAUCCUGAUAUUUUCCAAAUUGACCUUUCUGGGUUAUAUAUAUGUAACCCAGCCAGUGGGACACAGAACCAGUCCACCAGCGUGGGCUUCUCACCCCGCCCCCUUCUCCCUAAUGGUGUUGGAGUCCUCUGGGCGGAGGAGGACAUCAGGAAACCGGCAACAGCGAGAGAGUGUUUAGUGUAAGGAAUCCCUUAAGUGGGAGCUGGAACACUGCAAAAGUGCACCUGGGGCUCUGAAGUGAUCUAGCAACAUAACGGCAGAAAAUGGCUUCCAAACUGAGGUGGGGAGCCAAAGGAAGAGGCUGGGUGAUAAGAACCUGGAAACUUGGAGGAGAAACCCCUUGUAGUGGAGGCUGACUGUGCCGCCCCAAUCCUUCUUGAAGAGGAAAGGAAGAGGUUGCUGGGUUGGCAGUCCUCAGCAGUAACUAUCUACGGGCAUCACUUUCAUCUGGAAGAGUCGCCUCACCCAGGGUCACACCUCCCUCAUGGGGCAGGCUUCGUCCAGUGACUGGUCCCCGCAGGGAAGGAAGGCUCGACCCCCUUGCCCCCAAUGGGGACAACGCUGAAGGGCCAUCCCAGCCUCAGCAUCCCAGCGUCGGCCUCGCCCAGUCUUGCUUUUUUCCGUUCUCAGAGGUGACCAGCCUGAGACCACUCCCUAAGAAAACUUCCGCAUGCUAAUCAUGUCGCAGUUGGCCUCCCAGGAGACAGAGCCUGGGACCCCCUCUGGAAACGUGGGGCUGCUGCAAAGUGUUCGCAGCUGGUGCUUUCAACACAGGGGCUCCGAGGAGGGAGCUGGGGCCCACACACCUGAGGAGAGGGUGCCACCCAGUAGGCAGUACCACGGACUCUUGUUCUGCAAACGUGGAGAGAGGCUGGAAGCUGGACCCAUUGCUACUGGAAUGGCACCAAAGGCACUACAUCCAAGUGAGAAUUUUCGGGUCACACUAGCAUCAUCUGAUUCUCUUGACCACUCUCUCUGAGCCAUUUCUCCUGUUGGCUUCCGCGACGCCACGUUUUUCUGGUCUUCUUCCUGCAUCUCUGUCUUCUCCUUUGGGUUUCCUGUAGAGCUAGGUUCACUCUUCUUCCCGUUGCUAAAGGUUGUUUCCUCAUUAGUCACCAGGGAAAUGCAAAGUAAGGCCACAAUGAAAUCAUACUAUAUACCUAUUAGAAUGGCUACAAUGAGAAGACUGACCAUACCAAGUGUUGGUGAGGAGUUGGAGCAACUGGAACUCUUGUAUACUGCUGGUGGGGAUGUUCAAUAGUCUCCCCUCUUUGGAGAAAAAUUUGGCAGUUCCUUUAAAAGCUAGGUAUUUACAAGAAAAGUUACAGUGUUUGUCCACACCAAGACUUGUACACAGAUAUUCAUAGGUGCUAUGUUUGUAGUAGCUCAAAAGUGCAAGCAGUCUGAGUGUCCAUACAUUGGCGACGUAUAAUCAAAUUGUGGUGCAUCCAUACAAUGACUACAAUUCAGCAAUAACAAGGAAUAAACUCUUGAUACAAGCAACAACAUGGACAAAAAAAAAAAAAAAAAAAAAAAAAGGAAA